AAGGAAGGGAAGAUUGCUACAGUCACUUCCUGUCCUGUCUCUUGCCCCAGCAAAGUGGCCUUUGUCUUUCCCAAACAGCUGUCUCUGCAGCUCCGGUGAGGAUCUGUCUUUUUCAGGUAUCUGAAGACACUUCGGUGUGUCAUCUGCAAAUCUGAUGAAGAAUCCUUCCAUCCCUCCAUCUAAGUUGUUGAUAAAAAUGUCAAAGAGUACAGGGCCCAAGAUGGAGCCCUGGAGCACUUUCAUAUUUAAGUAGUAUAAUAUUUCACAUACAGAACAACCUCUUGGCUUUGCAUGACUUGGGUUUAAGCAGGCUUUUGGUUAAUGGGGAGAGAGUGGCAGAAGGCAAAGUGAAUCUUUGGCCUGGCUGGAAACUGUCUUGGAGUACAAAGCAAAGAUGGAAAAAGACGACUCAGCUGGCUCUGAAGAUGGAAAAGGCCCUGAUGCCCUUAAGGCUUGGAGCAGUGGGGAAUUCUGGAGAAGAACUGAACAGAAGGUCCUGGGUGAGGACACCACCAGCUCAGAUGUCCAGUGCCAGCAUUUCAGGCAGCUCUGCUACCAGGAGGCCGAGGGACCCCGAGAGAUUUGCAGCCGACUCCACAACCUUUGCUGUCAGUGGCUGAAGCCAGAAAGACACACAAAGAAGCAGAUGCUGGACCUCGUGAUCCUGGAGCAGCUCCUGACCAUCCUACCCCCAGAGAUGGAGAGCUGGGUUAGAGAAUGUGGAGCGGAGACCAGUUCCCAGGCAGUGGCCCUGGCAGAAGGCUUCCUCCUGAGCCAGGCAGAGGCCAAGAAGCAGGAAGAGCAGGUUCAGGAUCCCACUAUGAAAGUGGCCACUAAUUUUCCUAAAGCAGAGAAGGCUCCAUCAGACCCCAGACAGAGACCACUGUUCAAAUGGAUCAUGCAGGAGAGAGACGAAGGCACCAUCUCACUGGGCAGUGGAAUGAUGCCCGCGGUGCGUCCCAGCUCAUCUCUUCCUUAUGCUGGAGUGGAAGCAGCUUCUGUGCACUCUGAACAGGGUCUGGUAACCUUUGAAGAGGUGGCUGUAUAUUUCACAGACGAGGAGUGGACUCUGCUGGACGUCGGCCAAAGAGCCUUGCAUGUGGAAGUCAUGGAGGAGAAUUGCGGGACGGUGGCCUCUCUCGCAGGUAGUGGCUGGGAGGAUAAGAAUGUGGGAGAAUUGAAUGGAGUAUUCUUUGAAAGAGCUGAAUGUAAAGAGGAGAAAGAGCAGAAGAGGGAAAGCGGAACGAAACAGAAGAGGAGGAAUAAAUCUUCUGCUUGUCAAGCUGAGAGCCUCCAUGAACUCUCAGUUGCAGGAAAAACCAACACAGGGAAAGAAAACAGUAAAUGCCCUGUGUGUGAGAAAAUCUUCAGUUCUAAAUCAAGCCUUAAUGCUCACUUGAAAACGCACAUGGAGGAGAAACCUUAUAAAUGUUCAGAAUGUGGAAAGAGCUUCGGCCAGAAGAAAGCACUGAUUAGGCACCACAGGAUCCACACAGGGGAGAAACCAUAUACUUGCUUGGAGUGUGGGAAGAGCUUCUGUCAGAGCGCAGCACUAAUCACGCACCAAAGAAUCCACACUGGGGAGAAGCCGUACACUUGCACAGAGUGUGGGAAAAGUUUCUGCCAGAAAACGACACUAAUUAGACACCAAAGAAUCCACACCGGCGAGAAGCCAUACGCUUGCGUGGAGUGUGGCAAAUGUUUCAGUCACAGAUCACAGCUUACUUCUCAUCACAGAAUCCACACCGGGGAGAAACCGUUUAAAUGCCUGGAGUGUGGGAAAUGCUUCAGUCAGAACACAAACCUUACUUUGCAUCAGAGGACCCACACAGGGGAGAAACCAUUUAGAUGCUUGGAGUGCGGGAAGUGCUUUGGUCAUAGCACAACCCUCACUGCACAUCAGAGGACCCACACGGGGGAGAAACCGUUCACAUGCUUAGAGUGCGGACAGAGUUUCUCUCAGAACUCGGGGCUUAUUUACCAUCAAAGGACCCAUACUGGGGAGAAACCAUAUACCUGCCUGGAGUGUGGGAAGAGUUUCAGCACCAGCACCAGCCUUACUUCGCAUCGAAGGAUCCACACAGGGGAGAAACCAUAUACUUGCUCCGAGUGUGGGAAGAGCUUUAGCACGAGCACAAACCUAUCUUCCCAUCAAAGAACUCACACAGGGGAAAAACCAUACAAAUGCUCAGACUGUGGAGAAAACUUCCGGAAGAAAGCCCACCUCCUGAGACAUUACAUGACACACACCGGCGAGAAACCAUACAAGUGCCCGGAGUGCGGGAAGAGCUUUAGUGAGAAGAGGAACCUUGUUUCUCACCAAGCAGUCCACACAGGGUGUUGGAAGGAGGACCCCAUAAGCAGUCACUGGGUUCCUCCUCCUCUUGCUUCAGAGGUGGCCCCCAUUUCCCAGAACUCCAGUUCUUCUCAGGCCCUCCUGAGUCAUAAUUCCAACCAAGUAGAAAGUUUGGAGUGCUUUACUGUAUUUCUGAAUGAGCAGAUGCCAUUUGUCCAAACUACAAAAUGAUUGGUUGCAAGUAAGGUAACCCACAAGUACAUAUGACCAACAGCCAGUUCAGAUUAUCCUUGGCUUCAGCGCAUGACAGGGUCAGGGCUGUGCCAAGAGCGCACCUGUCCUGAUGUUGCUGCAGGAUGUCCCAACACUCUGAUGGGUCAUCCUUUAAUUGAAUGAUUGGGAUGUUCAUCUGUAUCCCCCAUCUACACAAGCUCCAAACUGGGUUUUGAAGUAUGUGUAGAGGGGCAAUUAAAGGAUGCCUUGGUGGGAUGUUGUGCAGUGACAUCAGGACAGGCACAUUCGCAGCACAACCUUGCUCUCGGCACAACCCGUUCUCAUUGCUUGAUGAAUCUGCUGUUCUUCUGAAUCAGCUCAAAGUAAAGCUUAAAGUGACAAUGAAUUUAAAGGCCUAGAAGGAAAAAAGAAAUUUCAGUUUAACUGUAGAAGUAAUUGACCCUCAUAACACUAACAAAGUUUCUAGCUCUCUUUGAGAUUAAUUGGUUAUAAACUCUUUUAAUCCAUCAGUUCCUAUCAAGGUAGUUCAGAGCUAUCUCUGCUUAGCCUUUGGUUCAGAAUUGCCUGUGUGGCAUUCUGAUUGUAUGUAGCACUAUGCAGUGUUCCAGUACUGGAUCACUCAUCCAGGCUAACUUUUGUUUUGGUUUGGAAAAGUGGUACAGAACAGCAACAGUCUUCAGUGGCCUCUACUGAUAUCCUGAACCUUUCAUUGAUUAUGUGUUUUGUUUGAAGUGCACAUUUUCUUGGUUCCUCUUUAAUGAAAAGGACCUAAACACCAGUAAGGCAAUCUGAUGGUAGGAUAUUACUUCAUUGGUGCUUGUGAAGAUGGUUUUGGCUGGAUCCUGACUGGAAGGGGUGUCAGCCCCAGUUCUGGAGUGAACUGUAUCUACGUCGAGGCUUGACAAAUUCCAGGGGCCAGGGAGCCACAAUGCCUUGAAAUUUAACCGUGGCGCCUAGACUAGAAUAUCCAGAGGCAGAGUUAUUUAAUCUUUGUUUGUCCCAAGCAGCCCUGCUUCUCUUCUAAGCAGGUUAUUUGUAAAGGGGAUAAUCUAAUCUAAUCAAAUUUUCAGUCUUUGAUCAGCAUAAGGUAACCAGAACAUGGAGACUUUAAGCAGUUCGUGUGAUCACUGUAAGAGAUUCCCCUUGGGGGAUGGGGUCGCUCUGGGAAGAGCAGAAGGUUCCAGGUUCCCUCCCUGGCAGCAUCUCCAAGAUAGGGCUGAGAGAGACUCCUGCCUGCAACCUUGGAGAAGCCGCUGCCAGUCUGUGAAGACAAUACUGAGCUAGAUGGACCAAUGGUCUGACUCUGUGUGAAGCAGCUUCCUAUGUUCAGCUAUCACAGCGUAGAACUAUGUAAAACUAAAACGUUUUCAUAGUUAAAGGAGAUUAAAGCUAUAAUAGUUACUGUGGACUAUAGAAAUAAGCCAUAAGAUACUAAAAGGUUUUAUAGUGAAAAGAGAUUAAAACUAUAAAAAUUACUAAAAGCUGCAGGAUUGUAAAGAUUGCUGUAGGACUAAAAGCUAUAUGGAUAGAGCUGUAGAGAGUUAUAAAAUCAGUCUAAACGUUUAAGGAGAAGGUUAAGUGCCGUAUUGGAGCUCGUUAACACUUGCUGGUAGUCAAAUCCUGACACAUUUUACAUGGAUUUUCCUAACCCUGGAGAAGCUACUGCCAGUCUAUGUAGACAAAACUGAGCUAGAUGGAUUAAUGGUCUGACUUGGUAUAUGGCAGCUUCCUAUAUAUUCCUAUUUUUGUUGCAAUGGGAGUAGGUAGACGUUGGAUAUUAACAUGGGGCAAUGUCUGAAAUGGAUUGGUGUAGUGCUUAGAGUGCUGGACUAGGACCGGGGAGACUUGAGUUCAAAUCCCCAUUCAGCCAUGAUUCUAGCUGGGUGACUCUGGGCCAGUCACUUCUCUCUCAGCCUAACCUACUUCACAGGGUUGUUGUGAAAGAGAAAUUCAAGUAUGUAGUAAACUGCUCUGGGCUCCUUGGAGGAAGAGCGGGAUAUAAAUGUAAAAAUAAUAAUAAUAAAUAAAUAAAUAAUAGCUUGCAUCUUAAGCAGGGGUGGUCUUACUGGCACCGCACACAGGGUGGUAGAGACUAGCACUCCCAGUCCACCUUUGGGUCUACCUCUUCCUGUGUCUGCUUCUGCUCCUAAUGAGUAUGAGCUGAAUUCGUUGAAUGCUGGGUCUUCAGAAGUCCAGGUUUCUUGCACCAUUAUGAUUUUUAUUUUAUUUUAUUUUAAACACUUAUAUACCGCCCAAAAUGCAAGUCUCUGGGCAGUUUACAACAAUGAUGUCCUAUCUGGAGAUAAAGUCUAUGAAGGACACAUCCCGACAGCUGGAGUGCCAACCUGCCCCAUUCCAGGACAGCAGGGAGACCUUAUGCCGGCCUUUUGCACGUCAGUCUGUAGUUCUCUUGGCUGGGGCUACGUGGGCGGAAGGUGGAGUCUCUAGGAGAGCCAGCAUGGUGUAGUGGUUAGAGUGCUGGACUAGGACCGGGGAGACCCGAGUUCAAAUCCCCAUUCAGCCAUAAAACUAGCUGGGUGACUCUGGGCCAGUCACUUCUCUCUCAGCCUAACCUACUUCACAGGGUUGUUGUAAAGAGAAACUCAAGGAUGUAGUACACCGCUCUGGGCUCCUUGGAGGAAGAGCGGGAUAUAAAUCUAAAUAAUUAAAUUAAAUUAAAUUAAAUAGGGUGGAGUCCAGUGCAGUUGGCUCCAACGGCACUCCUGGGGGGUGGUGUAUUGAGUAACUGCUGCUCUAGAAACUCCACCGAUGAGGGGUGUGCUUGGAUCGUUUCAGUGCCUCUUUGGAGAGGUGUCAAAAUGACCCGGCCUCCUGCAGCUGGAACGUUUUGGUGCGGGGCGAGGGGUGCCUUUUGAAAAGGAGGCAGGCAGGUCCUACCUGCUCCUCCGGUGAGCUGUCGCACCCCCACCCCCAUUGUGGCACUGCCGUUCUUUAAAUCUAGGAAGGAAACCCUAUACAUUUUUUAAAAAAAACAUGUCUAUAAACUGUGUAUAAUAACCUGUAGAAAAUGUACACCCCCCCCCCCCGCAUUGUGGCACUCUCGUUCUUUAAAUCUAACCUGAAAGCAGCCACGGCACUGCUGCCCGCUCCAAACUGCUGCGCCGAUGGGAUACUGCUCCCGGCAGCCCUCGCAUGG